CUGCUGAUUUCCUUCUGUAUAUGUGAACAUAGGUUUUCUGUCCUGAAAGGGAGAGGAGUUCAUGUAGUGCGAAUAAACAGCCUUACAACUGAAAAGCAGUGCAGGCAGGCUUGUCAAAGCCCAGGUGCUUCAGGUAACCAUCACUGUAAUUGGUCUGUGCCCUACCAGAAUCACUGCAUUUUCUUGCAGUGUCACCAGCUGAGUGUGUGCCAGAACGCCAGAGAACAAGACAUCAAAGAUCUGCUUGGAGAAAUUGUUGGUGAGAAAAGGGAAACAGUCAUGUUUCACCACCAAAGCUAUCCACAGAAAAAGGAGAGAAUGGUGAAUGCGUGGGUUGACCAACACAAUGUGGAAAACUUGUUUUCCUCGACAACAAAUGCAACAGAAACAAUUACAAGCAAUGCUACCACCACCCCAGUGACCACUACCACUGCUACAGCCGUAACAACAAACAUUACAAAUGCAACUGUCCUCACUACAGCUUACAAAACAACUACCGAAGCCUCAAAAACCCCUGGAGGCUUUGGUCUCUUUGCUGAAGCCAUGUCACCCACUGCCUCUUCUCCCACUUCUGGUAACAUCCCUACUUCUACUUCCAGCCAUGUUGCCAAGCUUGUGACCACCACUGAAAAAUCAGGAAAUAGUAGCUCUGUCUCAGUGUUGCCUCCAGCUUCUGCUCCCCUCACUGCCAUUUCUGUAGCAGGUACUCAAAUGCCUCAAAUAGAGCAUUUUAACCCAGCCACCACCAGCACGCCCCACUCUAGUAGACCUGUCACUGUCGGGGCUGGCCUGAAGACACUGAGCACAACAGUGACUGUCCUCCUCCCGCAGGAUGCAGGAACAUCUUCCACUGCUUCCUCUAGUGCCAUGGCAAUUACCCCCUUGGAGAGUUCACACUCUGCAAAUCCACGGCCUGUUGUUACAUUGCUACAUCUAGAGCCAGAAGCAAGUACAGCCACAACAUCCUUGAGUGAAUCAACUUCUCUUCUGGGCUCUACAAGAGGUGCCAUGGUUUUAACUACUGCUUCUACAGCAGAAACUACAACGGGGCAUGGGAUAAAGUCGACAUUUCACAUGGCAACAACCACGGCUCCAGCAGAUGCGCCCAGAACAACAACUUUGGGUCUCGCAGAAACUCAGAACACAGACAAUGAGUAUCUUCUCAUUGCUGCUGAGCCCCUGACUCAGUACUUGGUGGAUAAAAGUUUGCUGCUUGCAGUGCUUUUAGUUGGUACAUUUUUUUUCAUAACUGUUAUAGUUCUUUUCCUUAUGCAAGCCUAUGAGAGCUACAAGAAGAAGGAUUACACACAAGUGGAUUACCUGAUCAAUGGAAUGUAUGUGGACUCCGAGAUGUGA